AUGCAAUUGCUAGUGGACCCGAAGGGCCAGGUGAACAAGGUGAGGCUGAGGAAGGGAAAAAAAAAAAAAAAAAAAACACACACACACACACGCACGCACGCACACACGCACGCACGCACGCACACACACACACACACACAUACAAAAAGCAAAAGCAACAGCAACAGCAACAGCAACAGCAACAGCAACAGCAACAACAACAGCAACAGCAACAACAACAGCAACAGCAACAACAACAACAACAGCAACAACAACAACAACAACAACAAAAACAACAACAACAACAACAACAACAACAACAACAACAACAACAACAACAACAACAACAACAACAACAACAACAACAACAACAACAACAACAACAACAACAACAACAACAACAACAACAAGAAAAAACAAGGGAGGAGUGAGGAGGGCAGAGGGGAGAGAGGUGAGAAUUUUUGCUAUGCAAUACAUCCGAGUCGAUCCUCAAAGCAACGAGAGGGGCGGGGGGAAGGCUGA